AUGAUAUUGCUAGGAAGGCGAACGUAUAAAGUCCUGUUCCAGAUCGCUCGUAUGACGAGCACAAUCGCGCACACGGUGAAAGUGGCGGACCACAUUGAGAAGACCCGAGCGAAAGCUUUACUCGGUGGUGGACAAAAGAGAAUCGAAAAGCAACAUGAGCGAGGAAAGCUGACAGCUCGCGAACGGAUCGAAUUGCUCUUGGACAAGGACACCUUCCGCGAGUACGACAUGUUUGCCGAACAUACGUGUACCGACUUCAACAUGCAGAAGCAGAAAGUCAGUACCCUUGUAAAGAUGGCUCUUGCGUGUCAAAAGCAGACCAGAAUGUUUCAGUUCCCCUGCGAUUCUGUGGUUACUGGACGCGGUCACAUCAAUGGUCGCAACGUGUACGUCUUCUCGCAGGACUUUACCGUUUUCGGCGGCUCGUUGUCGUCGAUCCAUGCUAAGAAGAUCUGUAAAAUCAUGAGGGAGGCGAUGCUUGUCGGAGCUCCCGUCAUCGGUCUCAAUGAUUCUGGUGGUGCACGUAUUCAAGAAGGUGUUGAAUCACUUGCUGGAUAUGCCGAUAUUUUCCAGUCUAAUGUAAUGGCGUCCGGUGUCAUACCUCAGAUCUCACUGAUCAUGGGACCGUGUGCCGGUGGAGCCGUCUACUCACCCGCAAUCACCGACUUCACGUUCAUGGUUCGCGACACGAGUUAUCUAUUCAUCACCGGUCCUGACGUCGUAAAGGCUGUUACUAACGAGGAAGUGACUCAAGAGGAGCUCGGUGGAGCAAAGACUCACACCGUAACAUCUGGUGUGGCUGUUGGCGCUUUCGAUAAUGAUGUGGAUGCAUUGAUGAGCAUGCGUGAGCUCGUGAACUACCUCCCACUAUCCAAUCAGGACCCAGCGCCCAUCCGAUCUUGCGACGAUCCAUGGGAUCGUGAUGUUCCAUCGCUUGAUACCGUUGUUCCACUCGAGAGUACUACUGCGUAUAACAUGAAGGACGUUAUACUCGCUUUGGUGGAUGAAGGCGACUUUUUCGAGAUUGCUCCCGACUAUGCAAAGAACAUCGUCGUCGGCUUUGGUCGCAUGAACGGACGCACAGUUGGAGUUGUAGGCAACAAUCCGAAAUUCGCCGCUGGAUGUCUCGAUAUCAACUCGUCAGUGAAAGGCGCUCGUUUCGUUCGCUUCUGUGACGCUUUCAACAUCCCACUUGUCACUCUGGUCGACGUCCCUGGAUUCUUACCAGGUGCGAAUUACUUUGCAGAGUUUGAGUGA